ACCAUGGAAAUGCUCAGGCCUCAGAGUCAGAGGGAAAACAGAGUAUACUGAAAAAUGUACAGGUUUAGUUCAACUUACAGUAACUCAAAUCUCAGCUAUCUUGGGGUUCUACUACUUCCCCUUCUUCUUUUAUCACAGAUUCCCUUUCAACUUGUAAGUUGUGGAAACAUAGUGCAGUUCCUUCCUGGAUUUGAGGGACCUCUUCCAUUUGUUCUUGAAACUGGGUAUGUGGGAGUGGGUGAAGGAGAGGAUGUUCAAGCCUUUUACUACUUCAUUGAGUCAGAGAAUAAUCCUAAGGAGGAUCCUCUCAUGCUUUGGCUAACUGGUGGCCCCGGUUGCUCUGCCUUGUCUGGCCUUGUCUUUGAAAUUGGUCCACUUGCAUUUAGAUAUGAGGAAUACAAUGGAAGUCUUCCUAACUUGGUCUUAAGGCCACACUCAUGGACAAAGGUAAGUAACAUUAUAUUUGUAGAUUUGCCUGUUUUCACGGGCUUCACCUAUGCAAGAACAGAAUCUGUUGCUCAACGAAGUGACUCGUCAUUAGCUCAUCAAGUCCAUCAAUUUCUUAGGAAGUGGUUGGUUGAUCAUCCAAAAUUUCUGUCAAAUGAAGCUUACAUUGGUGGCGAUUCCUACUCUGGCAUUCCUAUUCCAGCAAUAGUUCAAGAAAUUUCACAAGGAAAUAAAGAAGGGCUCCAACCAUGGAUAAAUCUCCAGGGUUACCUCUUGGGGAAUCCUGUGACAACUAGGACAGAAAAAAACUAUGCAAUCCCCUUUGCUCAUGGAAUGGGACUUAUUUCUGAUGAACUAUAUGAGUCACUGCAAAAAAAUUGUGGGGGAGAGUAUAUAAAUGUAGAUACAAAAAAUGUACUGUGUUCAAGAGAUCUCAAUUCAUACAGUGAGGCUAUAUCUGGACUUAAUACAGCACAUAUUUUGGACCUGAAAUGUGAGUGGCUUGAUAAUGAAAUUUCCUGGAGGAGAUCUCUAAUUAAGAAAGAUCAAUCAAAGUUCCUCAAUACUCAUCUCAAAUUACCACCCUUAAAUUGUCGGAGUUAUGCAUACUUCCUUUGCGCUUAUUGGGCUAAUGAUGACAAUGUUCGCAAAGCUCUACACAUACAUAAGGGAAGCAUUGGGAAAUGGCAUCGUUGUAACUACAAUGUACCUAACAAGAUAGACAUCUCUAGCAGCUUUGAGUAUCAUGUCAAUUUGAGCAAAAAAGGCUAUCGUUCACUAAUAUACAGUGGCGAUCACGACUUGACCGUUCCGUUCUUGGCGACUCAAGCAUGGGUAAGAUCUUUAAACUACUCCAUUGUGGAUGAUUGGAGGCAAUGGCGUAUAAAUGACCAAGUUGGAGGAUACACAAGGACAUAUUCCAAUCGGAUGACAUUUGCAACCGUGAAGGGUGGAGGUCACACUGCUCCCGAAUACAAGCCUGAAGAAUGCUUUACCAUUUACAGUAGGUGGAUAUCAAACAUGGCUUUGUAGAUAUAACGAAAUAAGUUCAUCUCCUAACUUACCAUUAGGGGUGGAAAUAAGCAAGCUAAGCUUUAGCUUAUUAAAAUUAUGUUGUUUGCUUUAAAAAAAAAUCCUAGCCUGCAUUCUCUUUUCGUGGCUCAAACUUAGUCUGCGUUCUUUCACAAGCCGAGCCAUGGUAAGGGAAUAAAACUUGCAUCAAUUCCAUAACAAUCAUCGAUUAGAUUAUUCACCUAAUAAAUCGGUGUAUAAACUGAGAAAGAAAAAGCAAUAGGUGAUACUAAUAUUCAUGAAGAACAAACGGGAGAUCGAUCCAUGUCAAAUACAGGGAUGGAUCCUAAGUGGGGUUUGUACCGUUAAUUUUUUUUAAAUAAAUCAAUUCGACUUAUCAAUUAUAUUCA